UCGGCGCCGCUGUCGCCAAGGAAGAAGUUGAGAGCCGAACCGCUACGACGGAGGCCGAGGCCGAGCAGGGGAUUCCGGAGCCGAACAUCUGCCCACGUCCGUUCAUCCCGGCCUGAAGAAAUGAGUGUCCAGUAUAGCAUUCUCUUCAAACAAGAGCAAGCUCAUGAUGAUGCCAUCUGGUCAGUUGCCUGGGGGACAAAUCAAAGAGAGAACUCUGAAAUGAUUGUGUCAGGAUCCCUGGAUGAUCUAGUCAAAGUGUGGAAAUGGAAAAAUGAGAAGCUGGAGUUACAGUGGAGUCUGGAGGGCCAUCAGCUGGGCGUGGUGUCCGUGGACAUCAGUCAGACCGGGGCCAUCGCCGCAUCCAGUUCUCUUGAUGCUCACAUUCGUCUCUGGGAUUUGGAAAAUGGCAAACAAAUGAAGUCUAUCGAUGCUGGCCCGGUGGAUGCCUGGUCCUUGGCUUUUUCACCUGAUUCCCAGUUUUUGGCUACAGGAAGCCAUGUGGGCAAAGUAAACAUUUUUGGUGUUGAGACCGGGAAAAAGGAAUACUCGUUGGAUACAAGAGGGAAAUUCAUCCUCAGCAUUGCCUACAGUCCUGAUGGGAAAUAUCUGGCCAGUGGAGCCAUAGAUGGAAUCAUUAAUAUUUUUGAUAUUGCAACUGGAAAACUUCUCCAUACGCUUGAAGGCCAUGCAAUGCCCAUCCGCUCUUUGACCUUCUCCCCAGAUUCUCAGCUACUUGUCACGGCUUCAGAUGAUGGCUACAUUAAGAUUUAUGAUGUACAACAUGCAAAUUUGGCUGGUACGCUAAGUGGCCACGCAUCCUGGGUGUUAAAUGUUGCAUUUUGUCCGGAUGAUAUUCAUUUUGUAUCCAGUUCAUCAGACAAAAGCGUCAAAGUUUGGGAUGCCGGAACAAGAACUUGUGUCCACACAUUUUUUGACCACCAGGACCAGGUCUGGGGAGUGAAAUACAAUGCAAAUGGCUCCAAAAUUGUGUCCGUUGGAGAUGACCAAGAAAUUCAUAUCUAUGACUGUCCGACUUAAUCACACUCCAAACCGGGUAGGCUAAUGCUGGGGGGAGGAAGGAACACAGAGAGGGAUGCACCACACCAUUCCCCACCUUUGUACAUGUUAACAGAUGGACAGAUGGAACGCUGCAUUGUGCAGAAUCAAGUACAAAUUUAUAUGUAGUUGUCAUUUUCAUUCUUUUAAUAAAGAAUGCCAUAUUCUUUGCACAGGUAUUUA